AUGGCUCUCUCAAAUGAAACCCCCGCAAUGGUAUUCUACGACAUCGCAUUUCGGCCUCCAGUCGAAUCUACCCCCGCAGCCCCAAACCCAUGGAAAGCGCGCUACGCCCUCAACAUGAAGGGAGUCGCAUAUCAAACACAAUGGGUCCAAAUGCCAGAUAUCGCGACUGUACGCCAAAAAGUCGGCGCACCCGCAUGCCGUAGAUUUACCGACGGAACCGACUACUACACGCUCCCCAUGCUCACAGACUCAACAACAAACUGCAUUCUUGGGGACUCAUUCGACAUUGCCCUUCACCUUCAAAAACAAUAUCCCAAUUUCGGAACUGGGGAUUUAUUUCCGACCCAGACGCUCGAUUUCAAGUAUGAGCACGGCACAGCCUUUUUGGUACCGCUCUCCGAGCGUGAGGAGGGUGAAUUUGGCGAAUACGUCCGAUUCAACAGGAGUGUCGAUUCUGUGUUUACAGCGCAUGUCAUGCUUAUGGCUCCCGGAAUGCAAUUCGAUCCUGCGCAUGUAGAGGAGAUUCAAGCGAUGUUCGCAAAGCGGGCUGGUGUGGAGACUUUGCCACCCAUGGAGUUUGGAGCGGAGGAUAGGGCAAAAUUGAUGGUUUCACUACGGGAUGCGCUGGCUGAUUUGGUGAAGCUUUUAAAUCGGAAUGAGACUGGACCAUACAUUCUAGGCCAGCAGACUAGUUAUGCGGAUUGUAUUGUUGGGGGGUGGUUACGGAUGAUGAAGAUGACUUUGCCUGCAUCUGAGUGGGAGGAGGUUAUGGGGUGGUACGAUGGAUCUCUGGAGAAGUUUUACCGGGGGUUGGAACAAUUUUCAAGAGUGAAAUGA